UUGUAGCAACAGCCCAUUUAUUGUGAAGCUUUCAGGAUGGGCAAUGUUUUCCGAGCAGCUGUUGCUUUUAUUCCUUCUGAUAACUGUCAGAAAUAUCUUCUAGGGGACCUUGAAGAGAUGCCAAUUGAUAAGAUGUUGGACCUGAGCAGCAGGCAACUGAGGCGAUUUCCCUUGUGUGUUUGUUCUUUUAAGGAGCUGGUCAAGCUGUACCUGAGCGACAAUAAUCUGAACCAUCUACCCCCUGAACUAGAACAGCUUCAGAACCUCCAGAUCCUUGCACUGGAUUUCAACAACUUUGAAACACUGCCUUUAGUUGUGUGCAGCCUGAAGCAACUGUGUAUUCUUUACCUAGGAAACAACAAACUCCGGGACCUGCCUAUGGAGCUCCACCUUCUGCAGAACCUCAAGACCCUAUGGAUUGAGUCCAACUGCCUGCACCACCUGCCCAAUGUGGUAUGCAAACUGAGGCACCUCAAGACCUUGCACGCUGGAUCCAAUGCACUACGCUCCCUACCUGGACAGCUUUGGUACCUGCAGGAACUUCGUACUGUCUGGCUCUCAAGUAACCUUCUAGAUGAUUUCCCACCUGUGCUGCUCCACAUGCCCUUUCUGGAAGUUAUUGAUGUGGAUCGCAAUGCUAUCCGUUACUUCCCCAGUCUCAUGCAACUCAGCGGGUUAAAGCUGGUAAUCUACGAUCAUAAUCCUUGCAGAAAUGCACCCAAGGUGGCUAAGGGGGUGCAUCGUGUAGGGAGGUGGUCUGAAGAAAGCCCAGAGCCUAGGAAAAGAUCUGGUCUGGACAGGGGUAAAGGAGCUGAGGAUAUCACUUCACUUCUGCCUCUGCCUCUCCCCUGCAAGCUGUCUGAUUAA